GCUACAGAGAGCAGGAAACUGAGGAUUAAAUAUGAAAGACUCCAAAAGUUUUGUUUUGUUUUGUUUUGUUUAUGGCUGUUUGGGACAUGUCGAGAAUGAUUGUGAAAUUGCUCAUUGCAUUAAAGAUGCAGGUGGUAAGAUUAUCAGACGCUUUGGUCCUUGGUUAAAAGUUGAAUUAGAGAACUCAUGGUGCACAGAUGAUUUUGAUGUUUUGGAAGAAGCCUUGUCUACAAAUACCCAUAUUUUGAUGGGGGAUAAGGGCGUAGAUGAUACAAAGCAUUCUGAGAAUGAUGAAAUCCAAUCACUUAAUAAUAUGCCCAUUUGUGGAAGACAAGUUAAGGGCGGUAACAAUGAGAAUGGCACAAAUGACAUGGCUUUUGGAGUAAGGAUAAACCAGUCUCAUGUUGUUUUGCCUCCAAUUGCUGAGGUACAAUUGGUGGACGUUCCUUUGUCCCAACAGUUUAGGGACAUGAGUAACCAUAGAAGGAAAGGGAAAAAUACAAAAGCAAAUAACGGUAGUUGGAAAAGGCUAGAUCGUGCUGGGGUAUCCAAGUUGCACUUAGAGGAACGCAGUCAAAAUAAGCGGAGGAGUUGUCUAAUGCCUAUGAAGGAAGAGAGAGCCCUUAAAGUGCUUGUAAACAAUACAGGGGUGGCUUUAGCCCAAUUGGCUAAAAGCCAUGACCCUCCUGUUGGUUAAAGCAUGCAUUAGAAAGGGACGACAUCUAGCAGGUUAGGGACUAUUGAUGUCAAGAUUCCCUGCUCUCCCCAUGAAGCUGGCUAAAUAGGUGAGGAUAUCCAAUAGUUUCUGAUACUCAUAGCGACUUUCCUUUUUACUUUAGUAGCCCCAUUUUUGCCUAUACAACGAUUGUAGAUGCAAUUUUUAGUUACAAAUUGCCCUUUUUACUUAAUUGUCUAUACUCGUCAUGGAUAUAGUUUAAAUCUAUUACUAAUACUGUAAGUUAUGAUUCUGUUUUAACUAGGCUGCAUGCCUGCGAUAGGGAUUCAUUUGUAAUCUCCUUUUAUUUUAAUAUAAAUCUUUAUUUUCU